AUGCCUCGAUUGGAAGGGAAAGUUGCCGUGAUCACUGGCGCUACCGGAGGCAUCGGAAGCGCGGCUGCCAGGCUGUUCGCCGGGGAGGGCGCGAAGGUGGCCCUGGUAGAUCUCGACGAGACCGCACUGUCUGCAGUGGCGCGGUCGAUUGGAGACGACAAGGCCAGCUAUACCGUCGCCGACGUCACUCAGCCGGAUCAGACGCAGGUCUACGUCAAUGCGGCAGUGAGUCGUCUGGGCUGUAUCCGACGGGGCCGAAAAAGAGCAAAGAUCCUGCUGGCCAACGCAGGGAUCGAGGGAACCCUGUCCCCCAUUACAGAUUAUCUUAAUUGGAAUAUCCCGUCGACAUGUUCGACCGGGUUAUGGCGGUCAAUGUUCGUGGGGUCUGGCUGGGAAUCAAGCAUCAGCGGCUCGCCCGAGAUGUCGGCAUACAAUACCAGCAAGCACGCGGUUAUCGGACUGAUGCGAACUGCGGCGCUUGAGGGCGCACCGGAUAGAAUCCGGGUCAACACCGUGAACCCGUCACCCAUCGAGACUCGAAUGAUGCGCUCCAUAGAGGAGAUGAGGGUGGCGGCGUUCGACGACUCGACCGUAACCGUCGACGUGGCCAAACAGUCGUUCGCGGACCGCAUUCCACUGCAGCGGUACGAAACCCGAGGAAGUGGCAAGAAUGAUGCUGUUCCUCUCCAGCGACGACAGCAGUUUCUGCACCGGGGGCACCUGGAGCAUUCCGCAGGCGUGGGAGGAGAAAUCAUGGCAACGUCAGUGGACAAUCGGAUCAAGGUUGGCUCCCUGGAACAACUCAAGGAACGAGGAUGCAUGGUGGUUACUGGCGCAGGGCAUGCCAUCGCCGUAUUCCACCACGACGGUAGGACGUACGCGGUCGACAAUCGCUGCCCCCACAUGGGAUUCCCGCUGGACCGCGGUAGUGUCAGCGAUGGCAUCCUGACCUGUCACUGGCACCACGCACGCUUCGAUCUCUCCAGCGGCGGCACCUUCAACCCCUUCGCCGAUGAUGUACGAGGCUUCCCUGUAGAAGUGAUCGACGGCGAAGUGUGGAUCGAUCCCGACCCUGCGCCGCGAGACGAAGGGCAGCACUGGAGGCGCAGAUUGGAGGACGGCCUUGAACACAACAUCCGAUUGGUCAUCGCCAAAUCGGUGCUGGGCCUGCAGGCCGCCGCUACCGAUUACCGCGAGCCGCUGGGGAUAGGCGCCCGUUUCGGGACGACCUACUCGGCCAAUGGCUGGGAGGCUGCCAUGAGCAUCCUGACCUGCACAGCAAACAUCCUGCCCCACCUGCAUGACGAUGACCGGCCCAGGCCAAUCUACCAGGGACUCCGGCACGUGGCCCGGGAGUGCGCGGGCAAGGCCCCCCGUUUCGCCGUCGAACCAUUGCCCACUGGCGAGACGCGCCCUGAAGUCUUUGCCCGGUGGUUUCGGACCUUUAUCGAUGUGCGGGACGAUGAAGGGGCCGAGCGGUGCUUGAUCACCGCGAUAGAACUUGGCUGCUCCAAGCAGGACAUCGCCGGAAUGGUGUUCGCUGCGGCAACCGACCCAUCUAUCUCGACGCCGGACACGUUGUCGAUUUCUCCAAUAAAGCUUUUGAACUGCUGGAUCACCUGGGCUGGGAAAUGGCCGGUCAAGUUUUGCCCAGCCUCGCGCACGGUAUGGCCCGGGCUCGACGCAGCCAGGAACUGA